GUUACGAGAGGCGGACGAUGGAUUUUGCUUUGCUGCAGAGUGAAAACUGGUUUCGGGAGAUAGUGAAUUUUCGAAGCAAUCCUGCAGCAUACUUUAGCAAUAGAAAGCUUGUAGAUGAGUCUUUUUUACACGACGUAUUGCAGGCUUUAUGUACAGACACAAUUCAAGAUGCAGCCAAAAUACAUUUGCUUGGUCUUUUACAAGAAUAUGGGUCAUAUCUUUUCCAAACUGCCAGCAGUAUUGAGCAGACAGUUGCAUCACUACAAGACAUGUUCUCACAGUCUACAGCCAGUUCAACACCAUUCUACAGGGGGCAUAUUCUUACAACCAUCACAACGGUACUGGUCAGCUUUGACCAACUGAAUGAGCAGCCUCAACUCUUCAAGAACUUCAUAGACUUGCUGCUGGAUGUCGUAUCAAAAGUUAAUGUUGGGGACAACAGGUUACUGAGAGGAACAGCAUGUCAAUGUCUGCAGGAGGUGGAAGUCAUGUAUCCAGGAAUUCUACUGAGAAAGCUAGAACACUUCUACCAGAUGAGCCAACUAGAAAACACCAACUUUUGCCAAAACUACAUCUCACUUUUUGUCACAAUUCUGAAAAAUACAUUGAUAGCACUAACAUAUUCAACGGAAAGUGUAGCUCCUCAAAGACUGACAGCUCUCUUGUGCAACAGGACAGAACCCCUAAAGCCAUUAAACCUACCUCCUGACACAACAAAAGUGAAUUACAAAGCUCAGCAGCCAAGAUCCAUGACAGAAAAAACUAUCACCAAGGUUGGUGAAUGGAGCAUAGCUCAGCAGAAAAAAACAUCAUUCUUCUAA